AUGGCGGAUAUCGGUCCGCGGCUGUCGUUGGAAUUGACGAGGAUUGUCAGCUGCCGAUACCCGGCUUCAUUGCUCCACUUGGCGGAACUGCUUGCACAUGCCGACGUACAGACCGUUCGAGCAUGCAUAUACGAACGGUCGCCGUGUGAGGUCAGCAGACUCACCGCACUUGUUUGCGAAGCAUUAGACCUAUGGCCGUACACUCUCGGCCUCAUAUUGAGUUUAUGUCAAUCACCCGAGUUCGCAAACACACUGCUGCUGCAUAACCCGAAUCUUCUUGAUGCUCUGUUGGUCAAGGCGACGUCUUCGCCACGCGGCUUCGAUGAGUGUGCCGACCUAUGUGUGCUCCUCCUGUCAAGGCCGCUCCCGGCGUCCAUGAUACUGCCAGCCUCGGCGCAGGCCUUUUUCCUACGAGUCUUCGAGAACGCAAAAGCCAACAUAGAAGCAUCCACACUCAAGCCAGUGUAUUUGAUGCUGAAUGGGGCAUGUCGUGACCUCCUCAGUUUGCUUCCAGCUGCUCGAAGAGAAAACUUCGAUCAGGCGCUGCUAUAUAUCCUGCGCUCUAAUAGUAUAAGUCAGAACUUUAUGCUCAUGGUAUGGUACUUCGGUAUUGUGCUCCUGACAGAAUACCCCUCUGAGACUGGGUCAUCGGAGGGCCUCUACUCAAGCAUUGAGCACGCGGGUGCGACGGCCCCGAAGCAAUGGACCACAGCUUCAGGACGCAUAUUAUUUGAUGCCAGCGACAAGUACAAGGCGAUCAACUUGACUUACUUGUCCGUCAUAUAUGUCACCAAGGGCGGGGAGGGCGUUUCAUAUGAAGACGCAAUCGAAGGGAUACGAAUCGCCGUCUGUGUUCUUCGAUGUGUAGACAGAAAAGCGCUUAGAGCAUGGCCAACGUCGAGCUCUAAUGCAAGGAACAUAUUCAGCAAACUGCCACUGAAGAUUCUGCGAGCCGACAUUGAUCCUACGAUUCAACUCGAGGCUUCGUGCUUUUACGCUAUGAUGGUCGGAGAGUGCAAUCUGCCAAACGAGCUUGUUUCCCAAUACCAGCGCUGCCUUGAGAACACAGCCGACGUGACUGACACUGGGUGUCUUGAUGAAACGUUGCUGAUUUCUCUGCCCCUGUAUUCCGCGCAAAUGCAAGAGACCACGUUCCAGACUUUACUCACACAUAUCUUGGGCGCAUGUAUCUCUCCACCGGGAACGCGCCAGUUGUCGAAUCUCAAAGUCUUAGCCGAGCGAAUGACAACCGCGAUGACUACCUGCGACUCCUUAAGGACGAAGAUGUUGUCGGCGGUAUCUCGUAGCGAGGCGCAACGUAAGAUCUGGGAGAUUGUCCGGACAGAACCAGAACAAGAUGUCACCUGCUGCGCAUACGGCACAGCGCUACAUCAACAGAUGACAGUAACCACGAUCGCGCUACUGUUGACCCUGGCUUUGACAGCGCAAUCGGCGGAAUCCAGGAUGCCGUUGGCUCUUACUACCGCUCUCGUCGGCAAGCACACGCAAUUAUCACAUGCUCCAAAUCAAUGUACACACAGUGUGUCUCGGCCAGAUUUGAUCCCGGUAUCGCUCUUCCAGCAAAAGAGUACGCCAUACACCGGACAGCACCUUUACGACUGGCGUGAUCGUCUCAAGUCGGAUCUCGACAGCCAAGGCUCUUUCCAACGGGAUUCUGUUGUGCGAGCAGUAGCGCAAAUCGUCCAAGAUUUAGAGACUCGAUGCAACACAGUAGAAGAGCCUUUGAGGCGAGAAAAGGAAAAAAAUCAUGACCUAGAACAGCAUGUGGCUAAGCUCAAUGAGCGCAUCGGAUCACUCGAAGUGCAAGCUGCCGACGACCGAUUCCACGCGGAAGGACUCGAGGAUGAGAAACUUAUCAUCUCAGAAGAAAGAGAUAGUCUUGUGGCGAAACUCAAGGAUGUUGAAUCUGAGGCGGAUGAGGCGAUUCGCAAAGCAGAAGAGAUGCUAAUGCAAGUUCGCGAAGACUACAACGCCAAAGAAGUAGAGCUUCGAUCGACACGACUCACUUCUGAGGAAACCAUCCGUGCGCUUGAGAAGGGCUCAGAAGAUCAGCACACCGCGCUGGUCCAAUUGAGACGUGACUUUACCCAUGCGGAACUUGAGCGGACAGCACUUGAAGAGCAGCUCGAGGCAUUGCGGCACUGUUUGGAUGAUGCCGAGGCCAGCCUUGGCGAAAAGAUAGAAAUGGUCCACAGUCAGUCCAAAGAAAUAGCGCAACUGAAUGAGCAGAGAACCGAGCUUGAGCUUCAGCUACAAGGCACUGAGACAGACCUUGAUACUGUCACUACACAACUAAGCGAUCUUCAAGUGAGCCACCAGGAGCUUGUGCAGUCUUCUGAAGAGGCAUACAGAAAUCUUGAGCGCAGAUACACUGGCGACCUCGAGGCAGCCAUAGCACGAGCGCAGCUUGAUCGCGAGGAACUGAACGCUAAGCUUCAGGGAGCUAUUGACCACGCGCAGCGUGCUGAGACUUCACUUGACGCGACGCGUGGAGAGGUGCAGCAGCUACAAGCUUUGAUUCCUCCACUUGAAAAGCAAGUUCAGGAGCUUACGGAAUUUUGUUCUGAGCAGGAAGAGGAGCUAGAGGAGUUAAGGACCAUACGCAGAAAUGUCCUGGCAACGAUGGGUUUUGCGUCUGAGCCAGGUACCGCUGGACGAUCGACGUCACGCGGCCAGAAGGACGCUGCCGAUCCUCCUGCGCAGACACCUCGAAUGUCUCGAGUACAUCGGCAUCGAAAACCAGCAUUGCAGGAUUCAGAAGAAGCCCCGAGAGCCUCCCGCGGCACCCAAGGCGCGACAAGCACAGCGAUGGAAUUUGUCGCCAAUGCAUCUUUUGCCUCGUCGGAUUCGCACUCUUCGCAAAACGGCUCGACCCCAAAGCGGCGCAAGCCGCGGCCAUCUUUCAAAAUACCUGCAAUGCAAACGCCAUAUACCCAGAAACCCGUGUUGUCAUCGCGCUCUGUCUCCAAGAAACUGUCGCCAAUCAAGCGCUCCGCAUUGAGACAAUUGUCUCCAAACAGACGACACACCACGGUGGGCUUUACAGUUUCUGAAAAUGAAGCUGAGUGCCUAAGGGAAGUUCGGUCUGGGCGAAAGCGGCGCGGUAGUCUUGCAGGAGUUGAAGAGGCGGACUUUGACAUGGAGGACUUUCUUGCCGGCACUCCACUUACCCCUGGCAAUUUCACUGCAGGAACAGGUAGGAUGCCAGACGAGGACGAUGAUGCAACGGCGACAGAGCUUUGA